AUGAUCACAGCUUUUGGAGAUGGAGGUGCUAAAGCAGCGGUAAUAACUAAUGCCCUUUUAUUCAUGGUUGCCAAAGAUAAUAUGCCAUUAAACACGGUCGAAAAGAAUGGCUUUCAAUACUUUUUAAAAGUUAUUGCUCCUCUCUACAAAAUUCCUGCUCGUAAACAAUUCACGGAACUAAUGGACAAUAAGUAUGAAAUGCUGUCGCUUCUCAUGAUGAACAAACUGUCGGCUGCAACUACAAUUACCUUAACCUGCGAUGUGUGGACCGAAGUCCUGAAUACGGUCAGUUUUUUGGACGUAACUGUCCACUUUAUGUUAGAAGGUGAAUUGAUUUCCGUGUCAAUAGGAGUAUACGAAUUGGAAGAAAAGCAUACCGCAACAUAUUUAGGAACCGUUUUAAAUACAGUCUGUAAGGAUUGGAAUAUUCCGUUAUGUAAAAUUCAAGCCGUGAUAACAGACAAUGCUGCGAACAUAGUAAAAGCAGUAGAAACUGUUUUUGGCAAAAUUUUGGUCGGAAUUUUUACGUUACAUUCAAUCGGUGUGAACGGUGGUGCUCAUCGUUUUUAUCGCCGAUCGUUUAAAGCAAAGUGGCCGCUCAGAGUUAUAUUCCUUAUUUGCUACUGCAUUUCUGGCAUGAAUCCUUUUGAGUGGGUGCGAGAUUAUCGAGUACACCAUAAGCACACAGACACAGACGCGGAUCCACACAAUAGCAACCAAGGAUUCUUUUUCUCUCAUGUCGGCUGGCUGAUGAUGAAAAAGCAUCCAAAGGUGAUACAAAAAGGUCGUCAGAUUGAUAUGAGUGAUGUAAUGGACGAUCCCGUUUUCGCAUUCGGUCGCAAAUAUUUUUCGUUAAUAAUGUUGUUCGCUUACUACCUACCGAUUGCAAUACUCGUGUACGCAUGGAACGAGACUUGGUCCAAGGCCAUUAUGUCACAACUCAUUUGUUAUGUACUCUCUUUAAAUGGCACGUGGAGCAUUAACAGUGCAGCUUAUCUGUACGGUACGAAGCCGUAUAAUGCAGAUAUAAAUUCGCGUGAGAACAAAUUCGUGGCGAUUAUUGCGUGUGGCGAAGCUUGGCACAAUUAUCAUCAUGUGUUCCCAUGGGACUACAAGGCGUCUGAAUUAGGCGAUUAUAAAUGGAAUUUCACCGCAAUGUACAUUGACCUAUUCGCGAAGAUCGGCUGGACAUACGAUUUCAAGCAACCAUCAGAGAAGCUCGUGAAAACUGUUCUUAAGAAAAAAGGAGACGGGAGUCAUCGGAGUAUCGUAUCGGAUACGAACUAUCGGAUGCGAACUAUCGGAUGCGGACAAUAA